AUGCUUUCGACACUGUCUUCUCGAACGCCGUCGAUCUUGCGCUCCGCAGCUGCGAGUACGACGGGGAGCGCAGCGCUUCGACGCAGCCACCGCUUCAAGUCUACCGAGCAGCAGCAGAAGCGGACCUGGACGACGCUCACACAAGGCCCCGAUGCCCUGACGGUGCAUGCCCUCAACGACACCAGCUUCCCGUACGUCUGGCUGCGGGACGCCUGCCAGUCGCCCGAGUCCGUGCACCCGAGCACGAAGCAGAAGCUGACCAAGACCGUCGACGUCGACGAAGCGAUCCGGCCUGGGGGCGAGGCGGGCGUGCUGCUUGUGGCGAAGGAGAGCGGGAACGACUUCGACGGGAUCGAGAUCGCAUGGACCGACGGCCACCGCUCAACGUACACCAAGGAGUUCUUGGAAAGGUAUGCGUCGAAGGCGGCGCUGCAGAAGUUCCACCACGACGAUGCGCUGAAACGGCGUGCGUGGAUCCGGGACGAUGUGCUCGACAUCUCGACGACGCCGGAUCUGUUCGUGCAGUACAAGGACGUGGACACGCCUGAGGGGAAGCUCCGUGCGGUCACGCAGCUCGUCAGGGAUGGUCUGGUCUUUGUUAAGGGCGUACCCACGGAAGGCACGGUGGAGGGAGAUCGCACGGGCCCUGGGGAGUGCGAGCUCAAGACACUCGCAGAAAAAUUCGGGGAGAUUAGGGAGACAUUCUAUGGCAAGGUGUGGGACGUGGUCAGUCGGCGGGAUAGCAAGAACAUCGCGUAUACGGACUUGGACCUGGGACUGCACCAGGAUUUGCUGUACUUUGAGAACCCACCGCGCUACCAGGUUCUCCACUGCCUAAGAAACCGCGUCGUAGGCGGGACCUCGAUCUUCGUCGACUCCCUGCGCGCGGCCGCGUGCACGCGUAGGAAGUACCCCGCCGAGUUCGACCUCCUCACCAAGACGCCCGUCGCAUUUCACUACAUCAACGACGGGCACCACCUACACCAAACACACCCGACCAUCCAGACCGGGCCCUCCCAGUCGCUCAUCCCCACCCCGCCCGGGGCGAAGCCCAAGAAGCGCAUAGCAUACAUCAACUACUCCCCGCCCUUCCAGGCACCGCUCCCCCUCGACACCCCGAAGGAAUUCUAUGGUGCGCUCAAGAAAUUUGUCAAGUAUCUCGAGGACAAGGAGGCAAGGCUGGAGUAUACGCUCGAGGAGGGCGACGCGGUGAUUUUUGAUAAUCGACGAGUGCUGCACGCCCGGACUGCAUUCAAAGAUCGCUGCGGGAACGGGAACGGGAAAGCGAAGCAGGAAGAUGACGCGCCACGGAGAUGGCUGAAGGGGUGCUACAUCGAGGGCGAUGCGGUCAUGGAUAAGCUGAGGGUGCUGAGGACCAAGCUGGGGCAUAAUCUGUGA